CCAUUUGCGAUGCACGGCCAUUGUGUGUGUGGGUUCAAAAAGAAGACGGCGGUGUGGUGGUUUGCGCUUUGGACCAAGUUUUAGUUAAAAAUUCUGGUGAUGACUGUUUUUUUAUGAUUUUCCACGCGCCGUGAAGCAUCGUGCUUGCCGAGCCACCAGAAAGAAAGAAGCGAUUCAAAAUGAACGAGAGCAAUGGGCGACAGCAGCUGUGCCUCAAGUGGAACAACCACUAUCACGCAAUCCAGUACAACUUUGAGACUCUCUUGCAGACAGAAGACUUCGCCGAUGUCACCCUGGCCACUGAAGGCCAACACAUCAGAGCACACAAAAUCGUGCUCAGUUCCUGUAGUCCCCUUUUUCAGAGCUUGCUGAGGCAUACGGAAAAAGACACCAUCAUCAUCCUUCCGUCAAUCAGCUAUGCAGAGCUCAAAGCCAUCAUUGUGUACAUGUAUCGAGGCGAGGUCAACAUCGCUCAAGACGACCUGCCCUCGCUGCUCAAGGCUGCCGAGAACCUGCAGGUGCGCGGCCUCUCAGACCCUGCAACUGAAAAAAGCAAACCUUCUGCUAGCGCGCCUGCAACGUCUUCAGCAGGAACAUCAGAAUCGGCCGCCGCAGCCUUGUUGGCGUCGCCAUCGUCUAGUCCGGCCAAGCGGGAGCUGAGCACCCGAGAACCCAGUCCCGUUGCCAGCAAGCGCAAAAAGAAAACGAGCAGGGCGGCCUCGGUGGACAGCGCAAAUGAUAGCGCAGACAGUUCUGUCUCUGAGUCACCAGACGUGCCGUCUAAAAAGGAGCAGGAUGAUGACGACGAUGAUGACACGGCUGCUGCUGCGGCAGAAGACAAGAGGACGGAACUGGGCUUGAUGAUGGAGCCUAUGGCAGAGGAGUACGAUGACGAUGUGUCGGGGGAUGAAAUGAUCGAAGAGGCGGACGAGGCUGAUGUCAAACCAGGACCCUCGCACAGAGGCCUUUCUCAUAGUUUUCCUGGUUGGGCGUCGGCGAGUAGCAGAGGCUCAAUACCGGACGUCAGCAUCUCGGCUGUGGGAGGCAACCUGGACUCAAGCGCCGCGUCAGCCGACGGCAGAGGCGGCGGCGCCGCGGUCGACCUCUAUUCCAAGAUCCUGUCCGUGUGGGCGCCACCCGCCGGCGGCGCCGCGUCGACGGCGGCGGCGGGCUCGGCGCGGCGCGCCUCGGACUCGUCGCCGACGGCCAGCAGCUCGCCCCUGCUGGAGAAGGGGGGCGCGUACGCGUGCCCCCGGUGCGGCAACUCGUACGCCAGGCCGCACAGCCUCAACCGCCACCUGCGCUUCGAGUGCGGCGUCGAGCCCCAGUUCGAGUGCCCCAUUUGCCACAAGAAGUCCAAACACAAGCACAACCUCAUGCUCCACAUGAGGACACACCUCAAGUGAUAAACGACCCCCGCGCCUUCUCGCCCCCUGUGCCCCGAACCACCCUCGAAAAACAGAUCCGAUUUCCGGCUCAAAAGUUUCUCUUCCGGGAAUAACGGCAAAUUUGAGCGGGACAAUCUUCACAAUUUAAACGAAAAUCUUUUCAUCUUAUUUUAAAAUUCUUACAGAAAAAAAAUGGGAUAUUAAUUUUGGUAAUUUAGUUAAUGAUUAUCAGAAUGGACUACUGAAUUAGAUUGAAUUGAUUAUUUUUGUACUUUCAAAGCAAAUUUAUAUUAAUUCAAUUGUCCCGCCCAAAUCCAUUUAGCAAGAUUAUACAAGAGAGAAAACGUGCCCCUUUUAUAAAAGAUACAGACCAUCCAAGCCACCCACCCAACCAACUACCCACACACACGAAACACAUACAAUGAACAUUGUUGUUACAUAGUAGGGGACAAACGAGAAGUUUAAAAGUAACGAUGAUAUAUACAAAGCUCUUGAUUUCGUUGCGUUGAAACUGGUUUUGAAACACUGUGAUUGAGUACUAUACGAGAGAGAACUUUUUCAAAAUAAUUCAGCAGACGAGUGAUUCCAAGUAACGUUUAAAAAAAAUCACUUAACACACGCGAUGCAAGAUGAUGUAAAAAUUACAAAAUGAUGCGAUUCAUAUUAUAUUAUAUAUAAUUAUAUACCUCAAUACCAAAAAAAGGAAGAAACAAAAUGCAAAAACAAAAUGAGAAACACGCAGUAUACGUUUUUAUACCAUGGCUGUUCUAUCAAAUAGGAUUGGCCGACGAGACACUAAUAAUGCAGAUCACAAACAAAACAGGCUCUAAGCGAGAAAAUAUAUUUAACAGACAUUUUUUAUAGUUUUUUAAUCGAUAGGCAGACCAAUAAUUGACUCUUAAUACCGUGUUGAAAUUUGUAUACUUUGUUUUUGCAGCCAAGCCGGAAAAUUCGGCCGUUCUUUUUGUAAAUGAUAAAAAUAAAAUUCCGGGAAACAACGAGAAUGCAAAAUAAUCAGGGUUUAUAAAAACAAUAAAUAUUAUCAAUGGCCGAAUUUUGCGGUUGGAUUUCCAAACGGGAUAUAUUUUACAGGAAGCAGAAAAUGAACACACAAACUAAACGAAAACAAACACAGUACCUCAAACAAAUCAGGUGAAGCCGUAAUUUUUUAAUGUGGAAUCUAUAUUAGCGAUCAAUUGAAAAUUGCCAUAGAGUAACAAUAAUUGAUAAACAACAAACAAUUUUUUACAGCAGCAGUGAUACCUCCAAAUACCUCCGAUGAAAUAUUUUUUAAUUAGUUUUCUUAUUGUUUAUGAUAACUCAGUAUUAUUUCUACACUACACAUUUGAUCAUAUUUUUUUUUUUAAUUAUUUUUUCCUCGAUUAUUCUCACGACAAGAUGAUUAGCAAAAUUAUUCACGCUGGUUGGAGCUUAAACUUUGCAGUGAUUAGCAAACAGAAAUUCUUCUAAUUGAGCGAUGAGUGAUUGUGCAAAAGAUUUUUAGCGCCAUAAAAUUUUCUUUCCGGCCGACUAUCCAUGCAAAAAUUUAAAACCUGAAUGAGAAUUGAUAAAAAAAAAGCACCGGUUGCGAGUUUCUUUUUGACGACUCCGUUCCUACGCCAUUCAUUGAUAAGUCUUUACAAUUAGCGAAUUGAUUAUGUAAUUACAUUGUAUUCGUAAUUUUAAGCGGUAAUAAGAUGGAUUCUCUUUCCCAAGAAAUUUAAAAGCGGGUUUCUUGGAUUUUUAGUCAGACAAACCAAAGGAUAAAACUUUUAAUCGAUCUUCUUUUUCAAGGUAGAGAGAAAUUAACAGAAAAAAAUAUAGUAUUAGAAAAGACAUAUCAAAAUUUGCAUUUAACAUUGAAUUAUUUAUGACAAGGUACCGUAAUUUUUGCUUAAGUAUGCAACAAAAACUAAAGAAAUUUUACCUAGAAGAUUUGAUCUCAAGAAUUACUCAUAAAAUUCGUCAACUCUACCUUAUUAUGUAUUUGAUCUCAUCAGACUGGUGAAAUUGGGUCUAAUUACAUAAACCAGACGUCGCGAAACUCAUCUUUUAUUAAACACAAAGAGAAUCCAUAGAUUUAUAUUUAUACAAUACGAAAAAGGAAACCCAACUUAGUGGAGUGCGAGGACCGCGGAAAAUGUUGCGAAUAAAACCUUGAGACACACAAUUAACUCCUUGUGAUAUGUAAAUAAUAUUGCGAAACACAAACAAACACAUUAAAAUACACACAAUAGAAGAAAACACUAAACACACUCACACACUGUGUAUCAGUUUAACAUUAGUGAGAACGUGCGGAUUAGAAACUGAGGAUAAGUACUAUUAUGAUUAUUGUUGCAAAUUAAUACUAUCUCGCUGAUGCGGAUCCGAUGUCAGAAAGAAGGUUGAGUUAUUUUUCACCUUUUAUAGUGAGAAAAUGUAACUAUGAAAUUUUCACCCGGCCCGGUCCAUUCGCGCCAAUCGGUCGACGAACGAAAAAAUUUUACACUUUUAAAUCAAGAGGCAGCUGGAUUGCCACAAUAUUGGAUCAAUUUAUAUUUUUAGCGAAUAUACUGCUGAGGCGUGCAAUGGACCUCGGCGACACUUUUCGGAAGUGCGAAAAAGAAGAAGAGCAUUGUAUUGUUGUAGAGUGACCUUACCGUAAAUAUAUAUACAUUAAAAAUUGUGUACACAAACACGAGAGUUUUUAAGUUUUAAGGGAAUGAUCUAUCGUCUAAUUACGUCACGGAGGAAUGUAUUUAAAAUUGCAACAAAGGAAAAAACUUGGGACUGAAAAAGUGAGAUUAUCAAAAACGGAUUUCGGUGUGAUAUAUAUUUCGGAUAAAAAAAAAGAAAGGAAGAAAGAAAAUGCUCUCUUGGAACGAGUCAGAGAAAAAGCACAGUUAUAAAUUUAUGUACCCCUAAUAUAUCGUUUGCAACUGCUUUUAUUAUGUGAUUGGAUAGGUGAUUUUUACAAAGUCUGCACUUACUUUUUAAUUGGAUAUAGCUACCGUACUGACUCUUUUAACAUACUGUUAGCAUAUAUAAUUGGCCGCCAAUUUUACAUUUCAUUCAAAUUUGCUGUGAAAAAGGUUUUGCAAAACUAAUUUGCUAGCAAUAAUUUUGCGCCAGCAAAAAUCGGCUGUACAGUCUUUGUAUACCGUACGAUGCAAAUAGAGUUGAGCAAACCUUGUCUAAUCUUAUUUGAAAUGGUAUUCCUAUCGUAGUGAUAUCUAUCAUUGUAAUUGAGAAAACCCGAUUAUACUGUAAAAUGGAUUUUCCCACCCGCUGUUUAAUUACUUUGGACGGGUUGGAAAGCUGGAAGAAAUAUAUAAUAUACAAAGAGGAAUUGUAUAGCGAAUAAAAAUAAAUCAGCGACUGAUGUGAUCGGAAUAAGAAUUGUAAGAUAUAAGGACGACGAUUUGCCAAAUCAAAAUCGUGGAAAGAACGUGGCUCGUGAUUCAAACGCAGAUUGUUAAAUGUUUAAUUAAUGAAGGGGAAUGCUGGCGUAAUAACUCGAUAAUCAGACAAAAGCGAUUUUCUAUUUAAGAGGUUUAGGCGUUACUUGACAAGAAAAACUGUAGUAGUGAGUCGAGACAUAUAAAGAGAACCUUUUAGUGCAUAUCAUUGAUGGAGGAGCGACGAGGAGAACAGAGUUAUUUUGAUGAUGAUCAGCAUUAUGUGAUAGUUGAACUUGAGAAGCCAUAUUAUUGUAUAACUCAACAGGAAAAAAUCGAAAACAACGCGCGAUAUUUCAGACAAAAUAAAACGAUGACAAAACAAUCCGCCUGUU